AUGGAAGAGUGCAGUCAAAAAAGUUCAAAGAACUAUUCUGCUCAAUUCAAUGUCGUAGAGGAUAAUCACUUUCAAGAAAUAGAAGAUACAAGAAACGCAGAAGAGGAUUGGGAGCCUAAGCCUGGAAUGGUUUUUGAUUCAUUUGAUGAGCUUUUACAAUACUACAAAAGCUAUGGGAACAAAAGAGGUUUUGAAGCUAUUAUAAGAUCUUCAAGGAAAGGAGAUGAUGGAGAGUUGAGAUAUGCAACCUUGGCUUGUUCUUGUAGCGGAAAGUGGAACAGUAACUCUAGAAAUGCCUUUAAAAUGCAUCCGGUGACAAAAACUGAUUGUAAGGCUCACAUUACUGCAUCUCUACAUUCUAAUGGAAAGUGGAAAAUAUUGUCAAUUGUCAUUGAUCAUAACCAUGAACUUAGUAGUCCUGGAAAAACAAGAUAUUUUAAGAGCAAUCGAAUUAUACAACCGUAUGUGAAAAGGAAGAUUGAAUUGAAUGACAAGGCUGGGAUUAGACCAAACAAAAACUUCAAUUCCUUGUUAGUUGAAGCUGGCAGUGGUGAGAAUUUGCCUUUCUUACAAAAAGAUUGUAGAAACUACAUUGAAAAAGUUAGGAGGCUACGACUUGGUGUUGGAGAUGCUUCUGCAAUCCAAAAAUAUUUUCUGAAAAUGCAAAAUGAGAAUUUGAAUUUCUUCUACAUAAUGGAUUUAGAUGAAGAUGGUCGAUUAAAGAAUGUUUUAUGGGUGGAUGCAAGAAGUAAGGCCGCAUUUAAAGAAUUCGGUGAAAUUGUGACAUUCGACACUACAUAUUUGACUAACAAGUAUGAUAUAACAUUUGAUGCUUUUGUGGGUGUUGAUCAUCAUGGCCAUUCAAUACUAUUAGGUUGUGGAUUAAUCUCCAAUGAGGACAAAAAGACGUUUGUUUGGCUAUUUCAAUCUUGGCUUGUAUGUAUGUUGAAUUGUGCUCCUAAGGCAAUAAUCACUGAUCAAGAUAAGGCAAUGCAAAAUGCAAUCGAAAUUGUGUUCCCUGGCACACGACAUAGAUGGUGUUUCUGGCAUAUAAUGAAAAAAUUGCCCGAAAAGUUAAGAGGUUAUAGUCAAUAUGAAUGUAUUAAAUUUUCUUUGCAAAAUGUCGUGUAUGAUUCAUUGACAUGUGAGGAGUUUGAAGAACGGUGGAAUAUAUUCAUUGAUAAAUACAACCUUUAUGAUAAUGGUUGGUUACUCGGAUUGUAUAAUGAAAGACGACGUUGGUUUGUGGAGCAAUAUGAGAAUGCAUUGCGGGAUAAAGUAGAAAAAGAAAGGGAGGCUGAUUUUAAAUCUUUUAGAUCAUGGAUCCCUUGCAUAACGACUUAUGCUAUUGAAAAACAAUUUCAAGAUGCGUAUACCACUGCGAAAUUCAAAGAGUUUCAACGAGAGCUAGCGGCUAAGAUCUAUUGUGAUUUAUCUUCUUUCAAAGAGACUGAUUCCUGUAUGGAAUUUAUAAUAGAAGAAGAUGUUGUGGUUGGAGAGACUCACCGUCGUGUUCCUUUUGUGGUUUGCUUUGAUGAAGCAACUUGUGACAUUCGAUGCAAUUGUCGAUUGUUUGAGUUUAGAGGAAUUUUAUGUCGGCAUGCAAUUAUGGUGUUGAUUCGUAGGCAAAUUUAUAAUGUACCAGAAAAGUACAUUUUAAGGCGGUGGAGUAAAAAUAUAAACAGAUGUCAUACCAAGGUUAGGAUAAGUUACAAUAGUUGGAGCACCACCCUUGAAGGACAACGAUUUGAUCAGAUGUGUAAUUUAUUCUCUACGGUAGCAGAUUUGGCAUCAAGCAAUGAGGAUGAUUGUAAUAUGGUGAUAGAAAUGAUCAACAAUAUGAAGAAUAGAUUGAUGUCGAAUGAAAGUGUUGGUGGGAUUGGGUCAACUAGUAGGAGAAUGAAUUGUGAAGGUGUUGAUGAUACUACUAAAGAGGGGAGCGGCAACAUUCUUACUCCACGGGCUGUGCGAAGCAAAGGUCGCCCUCCAUUCAAAAGAAAGCAAUCAAAACUUGAACAAAUUGUUCGUAAAGUAAAAGAGAAGAAAUUGCGAAAGCAAUAA